AUGGUGCUUUCCCCCACGUACUGCAAUCUCUGGAAAGAGGGCCAUGUAGGCGAAGCCCUCGACCGUGGCCGCAAACGAGUUGGUGCUCAGAACGUUUUCUUCGAGCACGCCUCGUGCCUCACCCGGUUUAGCCUUGACACUGCGACUGAGGCUCCGCACGUCGUCUGGAUCGGGGAGACGACCGGCGGCUUUGUGCAGCAGCGUCUGGCCCUGGGCGCGGCGGACAUGCAGCGGAAAUCGCACAUCAGCGAGAACACGAGCGUGGUCGCGAAGGAAGACUGUGCCUCGUGGGAUGGCUUGUCCAGCCACCACUCCUAG